UUUACGUUCGUGUUGACGGUGCACUGGAACGAGCGUUGCUAGCCAGGUGUUGAAACAUAGUACGUACAGGUGAUUUCCCGUCCAACUAAUAGCGUCAGAGAAGAUUACAGAACGAGGCCAGCGAGACUUGCUACGAAUUGUGCUGUCACAUGAUGCCGAUGUGGCCAAUCAAGAACAAACUGUAGGAAGCCAACUGUGUGCCGGAGGGUCUGUAGUCUGUAUGUGUGUGCAGGGGAUGUCAUGGAUCCACUACUGGAAAUGGAGGAAUUGGCAGUGUCUUUGCCGGGCAUGACGGAGUUUGGGGACAGACUUCAAGAAACAAGGAGGAGAUCUCGGCUGGAGUCAGCAUUUGAUAUGUCAGAGUGUGAUGGAAGUGACCGUUUGCAGCCAUUACAACCCAGAGAUACUACAGUAGCACCAUCAGCAGAUAGAUCACUACUUCAGUCGGCUGCUCGUCGACAUGCGUUUCAGUCACAUGGUCUAAAACGGAUGCAGCUACAAAGUCGUGGUGGUAAUUUCGACAAUCUUCUCUUUGAUCCUAACUUGUUGGAUGACCCACAAGUUCCUGAUGAAGUUUCUACAACUGGCAGAUAUAAGUAUCGACACAGAAAAUUGAAUCGUCUUCCUGUACUGCCAGAGUUGAGUAGUGCAGAGAGAAGGACAGACACUUUGGUGUCUGAAGAUAUUGAUGACUUGUAUGAAGAGGAAGAUGAGAGCACCAGACAACCAUUAAAGACUACAAAUGUUCGUGCCAGUCUGAGCAAGACACAGUUAUGGUGGUUUGAUUUUAAAGCUUGGAUUCGUCGUCAGAAUCAACGGAAUGAUAGCAUCCCUUUGCUGAGAAAUCAAAUAGCAAGAAUAGAGGGACGUUUUGGUGCAGCAUAUGCUUCUUUUUUUGUCUUCACGCGAACUGUUUUAACACUGAAUCUUUUUAUGGGAAUCAUUUGGCUACUGUUUGUCAUAAUUCCAAUGGUUGUCCAUGCAGAUUAUGGCAACCUUGGUACUUUCAAUAUCCAAAAUCUAUUUAAUGGACAGGAUGCAGUAGAGAAAAUUUGGAUAUUUUAUGGAGGUUUCAAUAGCACAAAGCUAGAUUCUUGUGGCUACUCAAUAGAUCUUGCUUAUUUUUGUGUCGCCAUUGUCACAAUCUUUGGCAGUUUCCUCUUUAUUCUGAAUCGUUUGGCAAAUGCUCAGAGAAGUCUCAGUAGUUCAAGUUCACUUGCAGACACAGCAUAUUCCUAUUCUCGGCUUGUGUUGUCUUGGGAUUAUGCACUUACCUCAGAAGAGGCUGUCAGCACUUUAUCUUCUGGAAUAGCAAACACGGUGAAGGAUAAAAUUUCAGAUGAACUAGCAGAACACAAGAAGAAGACUUUCACUAGGAAACAGAACGUAAACUUGUAUUUGCGGCGAAGUCUUGCAUGGUUUCUUGCAGUAGCUCUCAUGACAGGAACUGGUGCUGCGAUUUUCCUGCUCAUUUUUUUACGAACCAAGAAUGAAUCUACUGACUUUGUUGAAAAGUACGGAGUUUCUUUUGGUCUUUCUAUUAUUAAUGUUGUUGUUCCGUUUCUCUUGCAAAAGCUUGUACGUAUUGAACACUAUGUCAGUGGCAGGACAGAGCUAUAUGUUACUCUCUUUCGAACUUUUGCUCUUCGAAUCAUCAAUGUUCUUACUCUCACUGUUUCCCUUGUUGUGGAGAUUACUGAAAACGAGAUUGAAUGUGGUGGUACAUACAUUGGUCGAGAAUUUUACAAGGUUAUUGUGUUGGAUACAUUGGUGCAGGCAUUCUCACAGCUUGGUAUUCGCUUUGGCUAUUAUUAUUGGUUCAAUAGGAAACGAGAGUUCCAAAUGCCUGAUGCAGUUCUUGCCAUUGUUUACCGACAGGCACUAGUGUGGAUUGGAACAAUAGUGUGUCCUUGGAUGCCAUUAAUUGGUUUUGGCUCAUUUCUAAUUUCUUUCUUGGUUUACUACUUUAUUGUGAAAGUAACAUGUCGACCAGCUGAGAAGAGGUGGAGUCAAACUCGGAAUAACCCAUUCUAUUUAGGAAUAUUGGCUUUCAUGCUUAUCCUUGUCAUUGUUCCAGUUUCACUUGCUCUCACACAAAAAAAUGUUCCAUUAGCUGCCAGCGUACAUAUGGCCAACUCUACAGACUCUGUUACGAGCUGUGGCCCAUUUCAAGAGCUUCCUGCUUCCAAAUCUGUCACACGGUUUAUCGAUGGCUUAAGUUUACCAAGUUUGCUUGAAACCAUUCUGACUGACUACAUUUUCUCAUUAACCACUGCUCUUCCUCUUGUGUUUGUUUCACUAUCGAUCAUAUUUUAUCAGUGGAAGAGAAUACAGACAGAAGUAUUUCAAAAACAGCUGCUCAUUCAGGAACUAGACAAUGAGCGUUUGGAAAAGAGAACUCACAUGAAGAAUUGCGAUUGUGAAAGUCUGAAACUAUAUAGAGAAGGAAAGAGUAAAUACAAGAAAGGCAAACGUCGAUACACAACUAUAUUCUAUGCUGUUGAUGUCUUGUGUGACAAAGCGUGAUGUCUUCGUAAUAGAGAGCUAGUUACCCGAGGCCUGGAUUUUUUGAGUCAGUACACAUUCAUUACAGCACUCAUACAACACUUGUAUUAGUGAUUAGAAAUACUGUAUAAUAAUAAUAUAAUAAUAAUAUAAUCUAAUAUAUAAAGCUCAA